GAGCGAGCCAGUGCUCCGGCAGUCUCCACGACCCUGCGUCGCGAUUCCGCUGCGGGGACCGCGAGGGGUGGUCGCGACUCCGCGCCGAGUGUCGCCGGGCCGGGCCGGGGCUCCCCCAGCCCCCGGGAUGCGUGCGCGAGCCCUCGCCUCCUCUUCCUCGUCGCCGCUGUCAGGACCGGAGCCGCCUCUCGCCGGCAGCGGGGAGCGCGAGCGCGCCGGCCAGCCCCCUCGACGCGCCCCGGGGCCGGGGGCCUCCGGGAAUGUGAGCCGCGCGACCCGCGCCCUCCUCCGGCCAUGGAUGCAUCAUAUGAUGGUACUGAGGUAACUGUCCUGAUGGAGGAAAUUGAGGAAGCCUACUGUUAUACUUCCCCUGGACCACCCAAGAAGAAGAAAAAAUACAAAAUACAUGGAGAAAAGGCUAAGAAACCCAGAUCUGCUUAUCUUCUCUACUACUAUGACAUCUACUUGAAAGUGCAGCAAGAGCUUCCCCACCUCCCACAGUCUGAGAUCAAUAAAAAGAUUAGUGAGAGUUGGAGGCUUCUCAGCGUGGCCGAGAGGAGUUACUACUUGGAGAAAGCCAAAUUAGAAAAAGAAGGUUUGGAUCCUAACUCUAAGCUCUCUGCACUGACUGCUGUGGUUCCAGACAUUCCUGGUUUCCGCAAGAUCCUACCCCGCUCGGAUUAUAUCAUCAUCCCCAAGAGCAGCCUACAGGAGGACCGGAGCUGCCCUCAGAUAGAGCUAUGUAUGGCUCAGAACCAGAUACCCCCUAAAGGACUUCCUCUUCCGUCCAACACUGUCCCAGAGACAGUUUCCAGUCAUGCAAGCAUGGCAGAGCAGUGCUUGGCUGUGGAGGCAUUGGCUGAAGAGGUGGGAGCCCUUGCUCAGCCAGGUGGUGUACAGGAGAUUGCCACCUCAGAGAUCCUCAGCCAGGAUAUGCUUCUGGAGGAGGCUUCCUUGGAGGUAGGGGAGAGCCAUCAGCCUUACCAGACAAGCUUGGUAAUUGAAGAGACCCUAUUGAAUGGCUCACCAGACUUUACCCCUGGAAGCCUGGCUAUGCCCCACCCCCAAAUUGGGGAGAGCGUGUCAGUGGUAACAGUUGUGAGGGAUUCCAGUGAAGGUAGCUCCUCUGCACCAGCUGCUCAGUUCAUCAUGGUGCCUCUACCUGCCUACUCAGUAGUGGAGAAUCCCAGCUCUAUCAAACUGACUACUACAUAUACCCGCCGGGGCCAUGGGACAUGUACCAGCCCAGGUUGCUCUUUUACAUAUGUCACCAGGCACAAACCACCUAAGUGCCCUACCUGUGGCAACUUCCUAGGAGGGAAGUGGAUUCCAAAGGAAAAGCCAGCCAAAGUCAAAGUGGAAUCGGCUUCGGAUGUCUCUUCCAAUAGCUCUGUUACCUCUGAGCAAAAUUUCUGUAAUGAAAAUGACUCCAAAGUGACUCUGGAGAACUCAGAAGCUGUAAGCCAGCUCCUAAAUGUUGUUCCUCCAAGAGAAGUGGGUGAAGAGAAUGAGUGGGAGGAAGUGAUUGUCUCCGAUGCUCAUGUUUUGGUCAAGGGAGGUCCUGGAAAUCGAGGUACAGCAGUCACUAAGGCACCAGUUGUCAAGAAUUUUGUGAAGACUGAGGUUACUCUGGAAACACCUGAGAAUGACAGUCCCCGACCAUACAUACCACCAGCAGCUGAGGGUUCCAGCACCUCCAGUCCAGUACCUGCUUUUAAAAAGCCUACAGGAGUUGACCUACUCAGCACUGGGCCCAGAGCUACAGAGCUUAAAGGCAGAGCACGGGGCAAGCCCUCAUUACUGGCUGCAGCAAGACCCAUGAGAGCAAUUCUGCCAGCCCCAGCCAGUGUGGGGCGAGGUAGCAGCAUGGGACUGCCCAGGGCCAGGCAGACUUUUCCCCUGAGUGAUAAGACUUCCUCCAUGAGGACUUGUGGCCUGAAGCCAAGCACACUGAAGCAGCUAGGCCAGCCCAUCCAACAGCCAUCUAGUACUGGCGAAGUGAAGCUACCAAGUGGCUCAAACAACAGGACGCCUCAGGUGAAAGUUGUAGAGGUCAAGCCUGAUAUAUUCCCUCCAUAUAAGUACAGCUGCACGGUCACACUGGAUUUGGGCCUGGCUACAUCAAGAGGCCGAGGAAAGUGCAAGAAUCCCUCUUGUAGCUAUGUCUACACCAACCGGCACAAACCUCGGAUUUGUCCCAGCUGUGGUUUUAACCUUGCCAAAGACAGGACUGAGAAAAGCACCAAGGCUCUUGAGGCAAGCUCACCACUCUCAGAUGUGCCAAGUGCCACAGAGCCCCUGAGCAUGGCCCAGAGGGAGAUCCAGCGACAGUCCACACUGCAGCUACUACGCAAGGUCCUGCAGAUUCCUGAGAAUGAAUCAGAGCUGACUGAGGUCUUUGCCUUGAUUCAUGAACUCAACAGCUCUCGACUUAUCCUGUCCAACGUGAGUGAGGAGACAGUCACCAUCGAGCAAACCUCUUGGUCAAAUUAUUAUGAGUUUCCAUCUACGCAGUGCCUUCUCUGUAACAGCCCAUUAUUGAAAGGGGGAAAAAACUCCCUGGCAGGGCCUCAAGAGUGCUGGCUACUGACAGCUAGCCGACUGCAGGUGGUGACUGCCCAGGUGAAGAUGUGUCUGAAUCCCCAUUGUUUGGCUUUGCACAAUUUCAUGGACAUCUAUACAGGUCUGUUUAAUGUGGGGAACAAGUUGCUAGUAAGCCUGGACUUACUUUUUGCAAUCAGAAACCAGAUCAAGCUGGGAGAGGACCCCAGAGUGUGUGCAGACAUUGUGUUAAAGUCUGUACAGGAGCAGACAGAGAAGACUUUGCCCUCAGAGGAGCUGGGCCAGCUGCAGGAACUUUUGUGCAAUGGCUAUUGGGCUUUUGAAUGCCUCACUGUUCGAGACUACAAUGAUAUGAUUUGUGGCAUCUGUGGUGUGGCCCCCAAAAUAGAAAUGGCUCAGCGGAAUGAAGAGAAUGUACUGGCACUCAAGAGUGUGGAGUUCACCUGGCCUGAAUUCUUGGGCUCCAGUGAAGUAAAUGUGGAAGACUUUUGGGCCACAAUGGAAACAGAGGUGAUUGAGCAGGUGGCGUUCCCUGCCAGCAUCCCUAUCACCAAGUUUGAUGCCUCUGUUAUUGCCCCCUUCUUUCCACCACUCAUGAGAGGAGCUGUGGUUGUCAACACUGAGAAAGACAAAAACCUGGAUGUGCAGCCAGCACCUGGCAAUGGCAGUGCCUUGGUGAGGCUGCUCCAGGAAGGCACCUGUAAGCUUGAAGAGCUUGGCUCCUACAGUGAGCAUGAACUGCAGCACCUGCUGAAGCAAUGUGGCAUUCCCUAUAGAGCAGAGGACUCCAGGGAUCAGCUCUGCCUCUCCUUUUUGGCCCUCUAUGAAUCUGUACAAAAUGGAGCCAGAGCUAGACAACCCCCACCUCAUCUCACCGGGGGUAAAAUCUACAAGAUGUGCCCUCAUCAGGUGGUCUGCGGCUCCAAAUAUCUUGUUCGAGGUGAAAGUGCUCGUGAUCAUGUGGAUCUUCUUGCCUCUUCUCGCCACUGGCCGCCUGUCUAUGUGGUAGAUACCGCCACUCCAGUGGCCCUGUGUGCUGACCUCUGUUACCCAGAGCUGACCAGCCAAAUGUGGGGAAGGAACCAGGGCUGUUUCUCUAGCCCUACAGAGCCACCAGUGAGUGUGUCCUGCCCUGAGCUCUUGGACCAGCAUUAUUCUGUGGAUGUGGUAGAGGCUGAGCACUCAAUCCAGCACCCAGUCACCAAGACUCCCACACGACGUAUUGUUCAUGCAGGCACACAGCCCAGUCCCAGUGACCCCAGUGCUGGACAUCACUCCUUGUCUCUGUGUCCUGAGCUGGCACCCUAUACAAGCAUCCUGGCCUCUACUGUGGACAGCAAGCCAAACAGUGUCCGCCAGCGGCCCAUUGCCUUUGACAAUGCCACCCACUAUUACCUCUACAAUCGCCUCAUAGACUUCCUCACCAGCCGUGAGAUUGUCAACCGACAGAUCCAUGACAUAGUCCAGAGCUGCCAGCCAGGCGAGGUGGUCAUUCGUGAUACCCUUUACCGCCUUGGGGUUGCUCAGAUCAAGACAGAGACAGAGGAGGAGGGUGGAGAAGAGGAGGUGGCCACCGCAACUAAGUAAGCCAGGCUGUCACUUAGACUGCACCAUCUCAAGCCAUAAUAUGGCCCUUGCCCAAGGCAUCCCUAUCCAGGAACCUGCAGAAGCAGUCACUGGUGGGAAAGGGCCUCUGACUGCUGGGACUGACCAAAGAGCUUCCAUUUCCUGAGCGUAGCAGGGCUCAGGGUCUUUGCUUCUCAACUCUCCAGGGCUCAGGGCAGAUGCCAGGAACCCCCUGUCUAGCCCCAAGAGAGCAUAUAAGGGAUACAAUGUGUUUAGGGGAGGGAGGGAGACAGAUAGCUGGUUCCUUGGGUGUACUGUGGGUCAGAGAGGAAGGCCUGGGGCAGGCUAGGCAGGAGAUGGCACCAAGUGGGCAGGUCAGGGAGGACUCUGAGCUUGCCCUUCCCAUCAGGUAGGUACUCCCUGCUCCCAGUCUCCAGCCACAUUAGCUCCUUAGCCUAUUGCCUUUGACUAGGGCCUCUAUGGCCUCAUUCACUCCAGAGGUCCCUUUGGGUUCUUGACUGCUCCCCAAAGAGGAGUACGUUUUUGUCUACAUCUCUUUGCACCCACUUCUGGGAGAAGCUGAGGAGAGGUGGAACAGUCAGCCACAGCUGUCUUCUUGGACUAACUAUCCUCUGCCCUGAGCUUUAGGGAAGAUUACCCCCUUCCUCCUUUCCCUGGCCACUGCUGCUGCGCCCUGCAUUCUCUGGACCCUGGGACCCUCACCACAUUGGGGAUGUGGCCCAUGGUUGUGACAUAACCUGGCAACAGUAGAAAAACUCCCUUCUGUGAAGGGGAAGCAGACAGGGCUGAAAGGAAACAGCAGGACUGGCUCAAGUGCCCAUGGUUUGCUAGGGCCCAGGAACUGGCCGAAUGUUAUUUAAUUUAUUGAGCGGAGUGGAGUAGGUGGCUUUUUUCCCCCUUUCCUCCUGCCCCCAUGAGAAUAAAGUUUAUUAAAUUAUCUGGU